CCCAUUAGUUUGUUUCUCACUGCCGUCGACCGAAGGUCAGUGGAUGUUCGUCCGCACUCCGCAGCAGUGUAGAUGUGUGUUCUGGUACGCGUUUCGCGAUAAUUGUUGCUCCCGUGGUGUCCGUCGUUCCCGUGUAUCCACCGUUCUGCCGAUGACGUCCACCGCAGCCGGUCGCCGACCAUUUGCGUUUCGUGCGCACCUAAACAAGACCGCCGCCAUCGUCGUCAACGCGUCGCGUUAGAUCGAUAUACGGCGCAGAGAGAACGACCGCCGCCGCAGUACACGGCCGUCGCAGUCGCCGCCGCCUCCUUCACUCGUAUACGAUUGUAUCAUCAAACUGAGACAAGGAGCGUACACCGAGUGUGCCGAUUAUUGGAAUCUAGCCUCAAAUAUAGCAGGCCUAUUACAUUAUUUCCCUGAAUGAUUCUUUGCUUAAUGGAUCAACGAGGUUUUGUGGAUUUAUUUCCCAUUGUUUUGUAUGUAAAUGGAUAAUUUUAACAUACCAUUGCUGAAGCAGAGUGAAAUGGAUAAUAGCAACAAUUGUUUCAUCAGUGAUCCAUCUCUAUUUUCCCAUUUGGAAAUAGACCAAGAUCAUGAAUGUCUUAAACAGUUUUUAUUGGAUCAAGAUAAAACAACCCAUCAUCCACCACUACAUGUUCCAAAUUUUGAUCCACUAUCAUACAAUAACAUGUUGCAUCCUAAUAAUAACAUGAUACAAGAUGUAUAUCGGAACCGAUUAGAUUCAAAUCAGUUGCUGAGUCAGAGUUUUAACAAGGAUAACUCAAAUUUUAUGAAUGAUUCUUAUGGUGGUUAUACUGUACUAACGCCAAAUCCUUCACCCAUGGCUUUUAAUUACAACCCUCAAACAUUAAGUUCUAACUUCAAUUCAAUGGACACAAGUUCUUCGGUCUUACCACUUCCUGGCUUUGACCCUUCCACCAUGUCAAAUCACGUAGAUACCUUUAUACCUUCAGUUAAUACAGGACCGCCAAUCUUACCUGAUUUUAGUAAUAGGCAAAUAAGAAAUGAUCAGUAUUCUCCUGGUAUAUCUCCAACUAUUGCCAGCUUCCCUACACCUGUUAGCGUGUCUGACAGUCCAGGUGCUGGAACCCUUAGCGCAUCACCUAUGUGCAAUGGAGAAAAUUCUAGCUUAAGUGAUAGCGUUAUUAGUCCUGCUACUACACAAAGGACUGGCAGUGAGCGGUCUGUAGAAACAAAUCCACGAUCAAUUGAAAGUGUAUCAAGUGAUUUAUGUUCACCUAGAGUUGAUUUAGAAUCUUUAAUCAUACAACCUCAACCUAUUCCAAUUAUUACUAAUGGAGAGGUUCCCAAGACUUUAAUUACUCCACCAACAGUAAUACCAAAAUCUGCAACUGUCAAAGGUGUAACCCUAACUAAAUCUGGAAAACCUCGUAAACGACGUUCUGCUCCCAAAGACAAACCAGUUAAGCCCAAAAAACCACCUGCAGGCUCAAUGUAUCAUAGUGAAAUUGCGGAAAAUGGUGGUAUCAAAUUAAAAAUAUCAUUAACUGCUAUGCCACAAAAAAAGAAACGAAAAAGUAGGAAGAAAUCAGAUGAAAGCAAAACAAUGCAAUGUGAUGAACCAGCUGAACAAAGUUUAUGGGGUUAUCAACUACCAGAACCUAUACUAUUUGAAAUAUUUCGUCUAGCAACUAAAGAUGAAGGAUGCAUUCCGUUUCUUGUCAGAGUGUCUCAGGUCUGUAGGUUUUGGCGUAUGGUUGCGUCUGAUCCAUUACUUUGGACUAAUAUUGAUUUAGCCGGACGAUGGGUUUCAAAAAAUCCUAUAAGAAAUGAUAUUAACUUUAGAUGGCUUUGUGAAAACCGACUUGCCAGAGUACAGGAACUCAAUUUAGGUGGUUGGCAAUUUACUGGCAUUCCUGUUAUACUAGAUAAAAUUAGCACCUCAUGCUUAGAUCUACGAGGAUUGAGUUUAACAGGUUGGGAAGGUCUUAGUUUGGAUAAUGUUCGAUUUAUCAUCACCAAUUGUCACAAACUGGAACGAAUAGAUUUAUCAGGAAUAAAUGUAAGACAUUUUAUUAUAUUUAAAUACAAUAUAUUUAUAUUUUUGUGUGUUUUGUCUAAUUUAUUUUAUUUUAUGCUUACAUCAUGAAAAGUAGUUAGAUACACAUAACACAUAUCGAUACAUCCAACAAAAAAGUUUUAACUCCAUUCUGUCAAUUGUUCAGGAGAAGUAAAACAAAAGUCAAAGUUAUAGGAAACUGUCAUAUUGGGAGAUUAUAAAAUAUUAUUUUAUAAUUUCUUUGGGAUCGAUAGAGAUACGAUCAUUUUUGUGAUCGAUAGAGAAAAUGAUUCUUUAUUGGAAUACAGUCGUAACUCAAAAACAAAAAAAAAUCGAGUUAAUACCUUUUUCGUUGGAUGUAUCGAUAUUAUGUAUGGUAAAAUUAUCAUCAUCUGGAUUUAUAUUCUCCACUUAAUGACAUUU